ACUAGUAAGUAGUACACUCUCACUCUCUCACACACACUCCAAACGCCAUAGAUAUAACAAGCAAACAUCCCAUGGAAGCUAUUUGAGUCUCUUCUCUUCUCUCAUGUAAUGGCUACCUCUUGCAAAUGCAAUGUUCUCUUCUUCUUCUUCAUCAUCAUCUUCUUCUUUCUCCCAGUCUCCAUUGUUACUUCCUCUUCUUCAUCUGAAGCAGAUAUUCUUCUCAGCUUCAAGGCGUCCAUUAAACUGAAUCCUGAUCCUCUCUCUAGUUGGUCCAAGAUUAAUGCUACCCAUUACUGCAACUGGACUGGGGUUACCUGCACAAAUUCAUCCCCUGCUUCUGUAUAUGAUCUCAAACUUCAAAACUUCAAUCUUUCCGGUGAAAUCUCAUCUUCCAUAUGCCAACUUCCUUCUCUCACCCAUCUCGAUCUUUCCAACAAUCUCUUCAACCAGCCUAUUCCUCUCCACCUCUCUCAAUGCACUUCUUUAGAGACUCUCAAUCUCAGCAACAAUCUCAUCUGGGGAACAAUCCCAGAUCAGAUUUCUCAGUUUGGCAACCUCAAGGUUCUUGAUUUGGGUACAAACCAUAUCGAGGGAAAUAUCCCUGAAUCCAUCGGCUCUUUGAAGAACAUUCAAGUUCUUAACUUGGGCGGAAACUUGAUUUCAGGUAGUCUUCCUAGUAUUUUUGCCAAUCUUACUAUGCUUAAAUGGCUAGAUUUGUCCCAAAAUCCUUUAUUGGCCAGUGAGAUUCCUACUGAUAUUGGACACCUUGCAACUCUUGAAAACCUAUUUCUACAAAGCUCUGGUUUUUAUGGCUCAAUUCCUGAAUCUUUUGUGGGUUUGUCUGGUUUAAAGCUCUUAGACCUCUCUCAGAACAACUUAACUGGUGGGAUUCCUCAAACUCUUGGCCCAUCUCUUACAAAUUUGGUUUCUUUUGAUAUUUCACAGAAUAGGCUUUCUGGGUCAUUCCCAAGUGGAAUCUGUAAGGCUAAAGGCCUCAUAAACCUCAUUCUUUUCGAAAAUUCCUUAAAUGGUUCAAUAUCCAACGGUUCCAUUAGCGAUUGCCUGAACCUUCAGAGGUUUGAGAUCCAAAACAACUUCUUCUCCGGGGAUUUCCCAAAUGGGUUAUGGUCGUUCCCUAAGAUUACGCUCAUCCGAGCAGAAAACAAUCGGUUUACCGGCGAAGUACCAGAUUCAAUAUCCAUGGCUACUCAGCUCGAGCAAGUUCAGAUAGAUAACAAUAGCUUUACCGGAAAAAUCCCCAAUGGUUUUGGAAUGGUGAGGAGCCUUUAUAGAUUCUCUGCCUCUUUAAACAGCUUUCAUGGAGAAAUCCCACCUAAUUUCUGUGAUUCGCCCGUCAUGAGCAUCAUAAACCUCUCCCACAACUCACUUUUCGGCCACAUCCCCGAGCUGAAGAAAUGCAGAAGACUAGUUUCACUUUCUUUGGCUGAUAACAAUCUUGAAGGCGAAAUACCAAGAUCUCUUGCAGAUUUACCUGUUUUAACUUACCUUGAUCUUUCUGAAAACACCCUCACUGGCCCCAUCCCACUUGAGCUUCAAAAUCUGAAACUUGCCCUUUUCAACGUCUCCUACAAUCGCCUCUCAGGCAGAGUCCCUUCAUCCCUCAUCUCUGGCCUCCCAGCUUCAUUCUUACAAGGAAAUCUCAAUUUAUGCGGGCCUGGAUUGCCCAAUUCAUGUUCCGAUGAUGACCAACAUCAUAAACUGUUCGGGUUAUCUAAACUGUCAUCCGUCCUCAUUUUUAUAGCCUUAGCAUUAGCAAUUCUUGCUCUUGCAGGAGGCUUCUUUGCGACUAGAUACUCUAAAGACAAAUUUCAAACGGGUAAUUGGCAUUCCGUCUUCUUCUACCCUCUUAGGAUCACUGAACAGGAUUUGGCAAUGGCCAUGGACGAAAAAAGUAGUUGUGGAGGAGGUGGAUCUUUUGGAAGAGUUCACAUUGUAACCUUACCAAGUGGUGAACUUGUUGCUGUAAAAAGGAUACUUAACUUUGGAAGAAGCUCAUCUUUAAAAGCUGAGGUCAAGACAUUAGCAAAGAUCAGACACAAGAACAUUAUCAAGAUUCUUGGAUUUUGUCAUUCUGAAGAUUCAAUCUUUUUGAUAUACGAAUACGUUGAGAAGGGGAGCCUUGGCGAUUUGAUGUCCAAAUCAGACUUCCAAUUGCCAUGGAAAACCCGACUGAGGAUCGCUAUCGGAAUUGCUCAAGGGCUUGCAUAUCUUCACAAGGAUUAUGUUCCUCACAUACUUCAUAGAAAUGUUAAGGCAAGGAAUAUUCUCCUAGACGUCGAUUUCGAACCAAAGAUCACCGAUUUUGCCCUCGACCGGAUAGUUGGGGACACCACUUUUCAGUCAUGUUUAGCUGCUAAUGAAACCUGUUACAAACCACCAGAAACAGGAUACUGUAAAAAGGCAACAGAACAAAUGGACACUUAUGGAUUCGGGAUUGUAUUGCUGGAACUUGUGACGGGUUGCCAGGCAGAUCGUGUAGAAACGGGUGAUGAAACUGUCGAUGUUCUAAAAUGGGUGAGAAGAAAGAUUAAUAUAUCGAAUGGGGCAAUGCAAGUUCUUGAUCGAAAGAUAUCGAAUACAGCACAAAACGAGAUGUUGGGGGCAUUGGACAUAGCUCUUGGUUGCACCUCUGUUUUGCCCGAGAAACGCCCGUCCAUGGCAGAAGUGGUGAGGGCACUUCAGUCUCUUCCAGUGUGAAUUAAUUGAACUUCAGCUUUGUGCCAUUUUUGUUGUAUCUUGGCUGAUUGAUUUUGAUAAGCAAAUAUUUUUACUUAAUAUGUUUAAGUUUAAUCAACUGAUCCAUCUUGUAUAGGAACCCAAAUUCCAAUGGAUGAUGUUGUUAAUUAUAAUAAUAACUUUUUCUU